GCAGCACUAAGAAAGCUCUGUUCGGAAAUAUCCAAAUGUUAUUUAUUUAUAUUUUCUUUUGAUGCUCAGUUCUUCUACAACUACAUACUUCAUCGGUACCUCUCAAAGGUAAUACAGGGAAAAAAAUAUAAUUUUAUUUUCCACUCGUAUAGCUCUUAAAGCAGAUGAGAAAAGUUGUUUUGCCUUUUUUCGGGAGUUAGCAGAGCAACAGAGAAGAGAAGAAAGAAGGAAAGAAAAAGUGAAGCUCUGCCCGUGAAAAAAAAAGAAGGUAUCGAUAAUGUGAAUAUUCUCAUUGUGUCACAUCUCCCAAAGCUGUUGGAGGGACAACAUCUCAAAAAAUAUAAACGCGCGUUGUGUCUAACAUUUAAUUUAUACUUUAAGGAAUUAUUUUGAUUUUUUAAAUUUUUGUGAAUUUUUUCUGUGCCUUAAAAAUAUUAAAGGAGUUAAAAAGUGAAAAAAGUGUCGAAUUAUUGAAAAAACUCAUCAAUUACUGAUAUGAUAACAAAAAAGUUUGUACAGAAAUAAGUUAAUGAUUUGAUCAUUCUAUUGAUACAUAUUGAGAAAAAAAAGCAAAAAUUGAUAAGGCACAAAUCAAUAAAUUUUUCUGAUAAAAAAAUAAAAAGAGAACUAAAAAAAUAUUUAAUUAAUUGACAAAGAGAAAAAAAAAACAUUUUGUUUAAAAUUUCUGUGGUCAUGGAUAUUUGAUCUAGAGAAUUGCUGUUUUACAGUCUUAUCAGCAAAUUCUUUGGAAGUGAAACCACAAUAUAAUUAUUGAAAAAAAAAUUUGUUUCUAAUUAAUUAUUCUUGGAAUAAGAAAUUUCAACCUUAAUUAAAGCUGAAAGACGAGACAAGACAUAAUUAUGGAACAAGCUGAUCUCGCAUAUAGUAAGAAAAUGGAACGACGUGUAUCAACAAAUUCUGAGUCAUCACUCGAGCCAGCCGAUGUUAGUUCAUCACAUAAAACCCUUAGUACUUCAGACGCAAAUUCAUCGUUAGCAGUAAAGACGAGUCAAGAAAGUGACAUUAUUGAAUCGGAUGAGAAUGAAGACUAUUUGAAUAAUAAUACAUGUAAGAGUAAUAAAAAUGACAUCGAAACUGUCACAAAUAUUCGAUCAUCGAGUGAGACACGAAAUGAAAGCAAUGUGCAUGAUAAUAAUAAUAAAGACAAAAUCGUACGACGAGAUAAUUUAAGGCAAUUGAUGGAUAAGAUGUUGCAAAAAAAAAUUAUGAGUGUAACCACACGUAAUCACAAUAAUAACAUUAAUAAUCAUAGUUCAGAUGAAAAUAUGAAUUUUAGUCACGAUGCACCCAGUGACAAUACAACGAUAACAAAUUCAACAUCGACAGGUACAACGAAAGAUGAAACCACAAAAUAUGUCUGUCCAAUAUGUGAUGUUGUAUCGACAACGCAACAUGACUUUACAAAUCAUAUUCGUAAUCAUAAUAAUAUGCGUGACUCAUCUGAUGAUGGUUCAUCAUUUACAUGUCGAAUUUGCUCAAAGGUUUUAUCGUCGGCAUCAUCACUUGAUCGUCAUGUUCUCGUUCACACUGGAUUGCGUCCUUUUAAUUGCCGAUUUUGCAGUUUAACAUUUACAACGAACGGAAAUAUGCAUCGACAUAUGCGUACACAUAAACAGCCACAACAUGACCGUGAAAGUUAUGAAAGUGAUGGAUCGACUGAUUCAAGUGGAAGCUCACAUGGAAAUAAUCGAAAAGUCAAUAAUAAUUUUACAAAUAAGAGAAAAAGUGCAGAUGAUGAACAAAAUAAUAAGCGCAAAGUUAGAGCGGUAAAUCAUGUAAUGUCACCAAGUCAUGAACUACAACAACAACAAUUGCAAUUACAGCCCUUACAAAAAUUCUGCUGUCCUGUAUGUAUUCGAAAUGACUUUAAUAGCAUGAUCAACCUAGAGAAUCAUAUGGACAAGGAACAUCCAACUAUUCCAGCAAAAUGCCGUCAUUGUGAGAUGGUCUUUAAGAGCCAUAAAGCAUUAAAUGCACACCGAUGUGGCAACAAUAAAUCAAAUACAAAUGUCCAACAAGGCUUCAGCGAUAUCUCAUCAAUCAUAGAUUUUUCAUGUGAAAAAUUUCCACUUAUCGCUCAGAAAAUGUGCGAAGCAAGCAUUCGUACACCAAUUACAAAUCAAAAGUAUGAAUGUCGGUCGUGUUAUCGAGCAUUUCCAUGUGCAAGUGCUGUUGAAAUUCACAUGAAAGAGUGCAACGGUACACAUGAAUAUUUAUCACACAAACGCAGACGGUCGCGAAGUGAGACAUCAGCUGAUGAUGAAGAAAUGAAGCGUGAAGAUUUCUUUUCCAAUCUUGCACUUCAGAAUAGACGAAACUCAAGAUCUCCAUCACUUGACAAGUCAUUCUCAUCUGCAUCGAUGAUCAUUAAACAGGAAUUAAGAGAAACACCGCCAUUUUAUCAGUAUUUCAGUGAGGGACGUGAUUUUGCUGAUAUUGAGUCGAUCAUCAAGGCAACAUCAUCUGGUGGUCUCGAAAAACCAAUUAUUGAAAAAGACCAGCACUUGUAUAACCGCGAAGAAGAAGAAGCUCAAGAUUCCUUCACAAUCGAAUUUAGAAAAAUGAAAUUGCGUGGUGAAUUCCCAUGCCGAUUGUGCACAAUGGUAUUUCCUAAUUUACGUGCAUUGAAGGGUCAUAAUCGUGUGCAUUUAAGUGCUGCUGGACCUGGUCCAUACCGAUGCAACAUGUGUACAUUCUCAAUUAACGAUAAACAAGCUUUGAUCAGACACAUGCGUAACCACAAUGGAGACAGACCGUACGAAUGUGCACUGUGCAAUUAUGCAUUUACAACCAAAGCUAAUUGUGAACGUCAUCUAAGAAAUCGUCAUGGAAAAUCGACAAGAGAUGAAGUUAAACGAGCAAUAAUCUACCACCCAUCAGAAGAUUCAAGUGUUGAUGAUCAUAGCAAGAAAAUAGCCAUGUAUACAACAAGUCAGCGCUUUUCACGCGGGGACAAUGGAGAUGAUAUGGAUGAUGAUGAUGAUUUAGAUCCAAGUGGACGAAGCACGCCAGUUUCACAUCUUAAGGACAUGCUGAAUUCACACAAUGGAGAAUCACCAAGUCGAAUUCAGGUUAAAAGCUUGGCAGAAUUGAAAGCUCAACAAAAUUUUGAAAAUGACAUUGAGGAAGAGGAAAAUGAUUCACAUCAUCUUCGGCCAGUUGACUUGUCAAUGGACGCACUUGACUUGAGUAAGAAAACUGACUCAUUCGUUCAUCACAGUAACGGAAACGAUGCAUCUGGUGAAGAUGAGAGUGACCAAGAGAGAAAUAAUGAUGAUAUGGAUCAUCCUGAAAUUCCCAAAUUUGAUCUAGCAAUGUUUGAAAAGAACUUUUUAAUGCAACAGCAAUUGCUCACUGAAGCAUUACCAAAACUCGAUCCAGCUCAAAUGUUCAAUUUAGCUCAAAUGUAUCGAACAUUUGGAUUUCCAACACCCGGCUUUCCCAUUCAUCCAGCAUUAUUCCUACAAAAUCCAUUACUACUCAAUGAUACAAUGAAGAACUUUUUUCAAAAAGACAUGAUGCCACCAACUCCACCACAAAGCAAUUCAAGUCAAACUCCGACUGCAGGAAGCAUGUCUGGUGGAAGUUUGAUUGUAAAUCCAUUUGUAUCACCCGAUUCCUCACCGAAUGGUCCAGCAUCACAAAUUUCUCGAACAAUAGAACAAUCGCCAGUAGGAAAUUCAAUUCCAAUCCCACCAUUUCCACCAACACCACAAGAAUCCCCAAAGAAAAUUUCAACAACGCCAAAUCAUCAGCAUAUAAAUCUUCAAAAUCAUACUGGACCUGUUAAAAUGGUUAUCAAAAAUGGAGUAUUGAUGCCAAAACAGAAACAACGUCGUUAUCGUACAGAACGCCCAUUCGCAUGCGAACAUUGCUCGGCUAGAUUUACUUUACGCUCAAAUAUGGAGAGACACAUUAAACAACAACAUCCUCAAUUCUGGGCGCAAAGACAACGUGGAAAUCAUGGAUUAAUGCGACGUGGUCCAUCGUCAGGCUCAUCACAAAUGCAAAUGAAUGGACCACAAAUGAUGCCGACUCUACAAGCAUCGGGAUUUGGUGGAAUAUCUGAUCAAGUUAAAUAUGCAAUUUUAGCACAGCAAUUGAAAGCUCGCGAUAGUCCAAAAUUAUCCCCAAAGUCAUUUCCUCCAUUACCGUUACCAUUACAAACACAAUUGACGGUUCCUGAUGAAAUUUCAGUAAGAAAUGAAAAGAGAAGUGAAAAGAAUUCAGCACCAAAUGCCAAUCAUGACGAUGAUGAACCACAGUUGGUAAUUGAUGAGGAUUUUCAUGCAGAAGAUUUAAGCAAAUCAUCAGAUGGUGUGAACGAUAAGAAUACGGCAGCACGUAAGGUCGCCGAUAAUAUUUUAGAGGAAGCAAUGAAAAUGGGGAGCAGUCAUGCAAAGAGUUUAAUCAAGGCUGCUCAAAAGCAAGAACGUGAAAAAGAAAAAGAAUCCGAAAAGGAGCAUAGGAAUGACAGAAUUAAUCGAGAAGAAGCAAAUGAUCUCGUUUCUGUAUCAAAAUUGAUUGAUAAUGCGACAAAUUCUAUGGUCUUGUCAAACUACUUCAGUCGACCAGUGCCGCCCAUGAUAGAUCACAGUGAUGAAGAAGGUCUCGUUGCAUCAGGAAGUGCUUCUGAGAGUAAUAAUUCAGGAACUGAUGAACCAAAUACAUCAAGUAUCGGCAAAGAAAAGAAAAAGUCAGCAUAUAGUUUAGCACCUAAUCGUGUCUCAUGUCCCUAUUGCCAACGUAAAUUUCCAUGGUCAAGUUCAUUGCGACGCCAUAUCCUCACACAUACUGGACAGAAGCCAUUCAAAUGCUCUCAAUGUCCAUUGCUGUUCACCACAAAAAGCAACUGCGAUCGUCACUUAUUGAGAAAGCAUGGAAACUGUGAAGAUGCAGUUUCUCUACAACUUCCAAUUGAUGAAAUGCCAGAGCCUGUAAAAGAGCCAGUUCGAUCAUCAAAAGAGCUAAAGCUUGAACAAGCGGAAAGUCCAAAAGAAACAUCAUUUAAUAUUCCAUCUACUCUCCAAUUGCCAAUUCUCACAAAAAUCGAAAACUCUUCAUCACCGGCUCAACAGCAAGCUCCAAUUAUGUCAUCUGACCUACCAUUCAAGUGCCAUCUUUGUGAUGGAUCAUUUGUAGAUCGUGUUGGAUGUUUAGAGCACAUCAAGUCUUUACAUUCACAAGAUUUUGCUGUUCUCAUGCAGAAAGUUCAAUUGGAGAGUGAGGAGAAUGUCAAUGGAUCUCCAGACGAUGACGAUCAUGACAAAAAGGGAAAAUAUCCUGAUUAUGCAAACCGCAAGGUCAUCUGCGCUUUUUGUUUGCGUCGCUUUUGGUCAACCGAAGAUUUACGUCGUCACAUGCGAACUCAUAGUGGUGAUCGUCCAUUUUCCUGCGACGUCUGUCUGCGUAAAUUCACUCUUAAGCACAGUAUGCUUCGCCAUCGCAAGAAGCACUCAAAUGCACCACACAUCAACAAUUUCCAAAAGCCGGAGAAUGGAGAUGCCAAUGGAAAUGGCUCUAGUAUCAAUAACAGUGCGUCAGACAUGUCUGACGAUGAAUCAUCUGCAAUAGUCACCAUGAACAAUAAAAAGUUAAUGGAAAUGAUGACAUCACAUGAGAAGAACGAUCAAGAUUUCAUGACUCGAAUGCUAAAUCCAAUCAAUAAGGAGCUAUUCCUUAAAUUUCAAGAGAAAUUUUUCAACAUGCAACAGCAAUUGAGUGGAUCAGUUGGAUCAAAUUUAUUGGGAAGUUUACUCGGCAUUAGCGAUCAAGGUGUACUGAACACCAUGAUUAAUGCAUCGGCAGACGAGGCCGCAAAAAUGUUGGGCGUUGAUAAAUAAAUUUUAAUUUAAAAGUAGUCAAAGGCUACAAAAACUGUUUAUAGUUAAAAAAUAAUAGACUUGCUUAUCCGGUUUUAUCCGGGGUCUCUAGUCAAUAAUCUCACGAAGAGGGAGAGAGAGAGAGAGAGAGAGAGUUAGGAAAAACCCACGAAAAUUAAGUUCUAGAAAGACAAUUAAUUAUAAUGAGUAAAUCUAAUCUAAAAAAUUAUUUCAUCAUAUUGCGUGUAUCGUGUGUGUGCCUAAAUGAUAACAAAUAAGACAUUCUUAUUAAGAAACAAAAAAAAAAAUGAUAAAAAUUUAGUGAAUUUUGCAAAUGAACCUUAAUGCCUUUAAAAGAUACAAAUGGAGAAUCAAAAAUUUUAAACUUUAAGUAACUUAGCUGAUAAGAUCUUCUCUGUUUUCUUUAUUGAGACUUGGAAUGUACUUAAUUAAAAUUUAGUAAUAUUGGGUAAACUAAGAGUGAUGAAGAAUUUCCAUAACUUAAUGAAACAUUCCAGCAGACAUGAUGUAACUGUUGGGCUGUAUAUGUAUCUAACUUGAAUAUAUACAUGACUAGCCUUUAAGAUUCCUUUUAAAAUUAAAUUAAAUUAAUUUUGAAAAUUGAUGCAUUUUCGUGAAUUUGAGGAAGGGCAUUGGGUUUACUGGGGAUAGUUUAAAGUGAGUGUAUCAUUUCUUUUUGGAUGUUCCUGUACCCAACUUACAUUGCGGUAAGCUGAAAAUGCAUAAUAUGCAAUUAUAUUUUUGAUCAGAAAACGGUAAUUUUGCUAUAAAAUUUAAAUCCAUGACACGAGUGUGUACCCCAUAUACCCCCACUUCAAUCAAAUCCAAAACUCCCUUAACCUAAUCUCAAAUUUCCGAAAAAAAAAGUUGUAUAAAUUAUUGAAAUAAUCUGUCGCCUUUAGACCGAAGUGGCUUACUAUUGUAGUUAAUUUUUCAUUGUCGAUUGGACUGCCGCCAAAAACGAUCCAGAAAAUAAGCUUGCAUAAUAUUAAAAUUUUUGAGACAAAAUAAAUUUUGAAGUAAAUUUUUCUAUAUAGAAAAUAAGAUGAUUUUUGAAAAUGAAAUUUUUUAAUAAAAUCCUAUGAUAUAUUUAACAGAAUUAUAUACAGCAAUUACCAAAGUAGUAAAUGUCAUUGCUUUUUCCUUUUUAACGUUUUCUUUCAAAUUUUUUCUUUGAAAAACGAUUACCUUUUUAUUUUUCUUCUUAAGUUUGUGUCACACAUAACACAAUGAUCUUAGAGUUAAGUGCCAUUUUAAGGAAAAAAAAAAAUUAUAAAUAAAGAUUUAAUAAUAUCAACAAUGAUUUGCUCAUCUCGCAAUUUAUUUUCUUUUUUAAAAGAAGUUUUUUAAAUUAUUCAUGAAUUAAAUUCAUAUUGAUUUUUUUCGAAGCAACAAAAAAAAAUAAGGAAAAUUUCGAAGUUUAAUGCAAACAAAAAAGUUCUGUAAUACUUCAUUCACAACGAAUAAAAUUAAAGAUUAUUGAAAAGUUAAUAAUAUUAAAUUACUUAAUUAAAUAUAUUUAUGCACCAUUUUUUCUAGUAAGUACAUAAUUGAUAAUAAUUGAAAUGUUGUCAUCUUUUUAUUAAAAGAAUAUUUUCAAAAGAAGGAAGAAAUAAAAACAUUCAUCUUUUUGCUCAUUAAAAUUUUGUAUUGUUGAGUUUUAAAUUUUUUAGGUUUCUACCAUGCUCAACUGCUUCAUGAUGAUAUACAGCUCCCGAUCUGGUGUUCUGAGCCCUUGAUUUAACUAUGCUUUAAGGUCAUUUAAAGUUUUUGGCUCAAAUUGGCUCAAAUGGUAACUCGAAGGUCGUCGGUUCGAAUCCAGCCAUUUCCAAAUGUGUUCUUUUUCGGAAGUUUAGAUACUUCGACUGCUUAAUGUACGAGAUCAAGCCAUAAUUGGGCAUUUGGGCAACGUUGGAUUAAGGAACGGGUGAGGAACUUGAAGUGUAGCGGGAGAAAUAGGAACGAGAGCUACGAGAUUACCCACGAAUGGAAUAUUGUUAGAAUGGACUUGAAAAGUAUCACGUCACGCUCACAGAAGAUCGAAACGAGAGUCUUAAUUUAUUUGAAACCUAGAUAUGAAGAUUAGAAAUUUGAUCCUACAUAAUACUAAUUCAUAUGUACACAAAUACAAAAGAGUAAAAUGUGAAGUAUUACC